AUGCAGACCGAUUUCAACGAUGACAUGCCACACGUCUUCCAUUUCAACCUCUCUUCUGGAAGCUUCGAUUUCGUUGUUGCACCUCUGUGCUCAGAUGGAUCCUUCUUAUCAACAAGUUUAGUGCAAAAGCAUAGCUUGGGGUCUGGUGUUCUGCCAUUUGCUGGGUCAGACUUGGUCUUGAGUCCAUCCCAAUGGAGUAGUCAUGUAGUGGGAAAAAUCAGCUCAUGGAUAGAUUUGGAUCCAGAGGAUGAAACCCUGAGAAGAGAUUCUAAAACUACACUUAAACAAGAAAUUGCUUGUGCUUCUCAUCUCUCUUUAUAG